CGCUGAUUGGCUGGUUUGCCGGCUGUUGCUGGGGUGAAGAUGGCGACGCUGGUGCUGGACAGCGGGGCGGCGACCGCCAAGAUCGGCUACAGCGAGGAGCAGGUCAGCGUCAUCCCCAACUGCCAGUUCAGGUCGAAAACGGCUCGACUGAAAACCUUCACCGCCAACCAGAUAGACGAGAUCAAGGACCCCUCAGGCCUCUACUACAUCCUUCCUUUCCAGAAGGGGUAUUUGGUUAACUGGGAUGUUCAGAGGCAAGUGUGGGACCAAUUGUUUGGCAGGGAAAUGUAUAAGGUGGAUUUUUCUGAAACCACUAUACUUAUUACAGAACCCUAUUUUAAUUUUAAUUCAAUCCAAGAGUCCAUGAAUGAAAUCUUAUUUGAAGAAUAUCAGUUCCAAGAAGUCUACCGGACAAAUGCUGGAACGUUGAGUGCUCACAAGUACUUUCAAGAGAAUAAGUCUGAACUUUGCUGUCUCGUGGUGGACAGCGGCUACUCUUUCACACACAUUGUACCUUAUUGUAAAGGGAAAAAAAUGAAUGAAGGUAUUUGCAGGAUAAAUGUUGGUGGAAAGCUACUAGCCAAUCAUCUCAAGGAAAUCAUCUCAUACAGGCAGUUGCAUGUGAUGGAUGAGACCCAUGUUAUCAAUCAAGUAAAGGAAGACGUAUGUUAUGUGUCACAAGACUUCUACAAGGACAUGGAAAUUGCACAGCUAAAAGGUGAAGCAAACACAGUAAUGAGAGACUACAUUCUUCCAGAUUUCAGCACUAUUAAGAAGGGUUUCUGCAAGCCCAGGGAAGAGAUGGUGUUCAGUGGGAAAUACAAGACAAGUGAGCAGAUUCUACGUCUGACAAAUGAGAGAUUUGCUGUUCCUGAGAUCCUCUUUCACCCAUCUGACAUUGGUAUUCAGGAGAUGGGAAUUCCGGAAGCAAUUGUUCAUUCAGUGCAAAAUUUACCUGAAGAGAUGCAUCCUCACUUCUACAACAACAUCAUCUUGACCGGUGGCAACACCCUCCUCCCAGGGUUUAGAGAUCGAGUUUAUGCUGAUGUCAGAUCACUUACUCCAUGCGAGUGUGAUGUAUCUGUUUUACUGCCUGAAAACCCUGUCACACAUUCAUGGGAAGGUGGAAAAUUGCUUUCUGAAAGUUCAGAUUUCAUGGAUAUGGUAGUUACCAGAGACGAUUAUGAAGAGAAUGGGCACAGUAUCUGUGAGGAGAAAUUUGAUAUUUGAAACAUCAACCUAACAAUGACUGAAAAAUUUGGUGAUUGAUGUCAAGGUGAUGAGAAGUUUGCACGGGAUGCAGUGAUACCUUGUGAACAUGUGGGAGAAGUGGAACACUUUACACUAAUGCUGUUCCUGUGCACAAGUUGAAUUGUUUAUGAAGGUGAAAAUAUCUUCCUUGCCUUAUGUGAAGCUUAAGACUGUGGAAUAUAUUAUAUGUAAAAUAAUCUUUUUGUUAUGUGUUUAUGACGUGGAAUGCAAUUCAAAUUGCUGUUAUAGCUUAUGUUGGUAGUGUGGCGAAAUGAUUAUGAACUUUAAGAGAUCAAGAAAGAUCAAAGAAAUGUCAACAAGCUAUUUUAGUAGUUGAUUUUCCAACUGUAAAGGAUCUUGUUUGACACAAUUUCAUUGUUCAGAGUCUGAAUCACAUCUAUAAAAGAUUUAUUACUUA